CUCAAAUCUUUUGUUUUCCGUUGGUUUUAACUUUCAUCAUCCACCGUAUACUUCGCCAAAUCCAUUUCUCUUCCAAUCCUCUUUUCUUCUCCCAGUGAAGGAAAGGAGCGACUGGAGAGAAGAGAGCAAUGGAGUUGGCAACCAAGUUCCAUAGCUCUUCCUUCUCUAUCUUCAACUCCCCUAGUUACAGAGGAAAAGCCGUUGCUUCUUCUCCGUCUUCUUCCUCAUCACUUCAGCUUUCCAAGCAAUGGUUGGGCGCCGGCUUAUCAACCCGGGCGGCUACUACGGCCAAAGCUACGCCGUCUCUGAGGUUUCUCUCGAGGCAGCGGAAGUCAAUUAUCAGUCCGGUGAAGUGCUCCGUUUCUCAGACCACGCCGGCAGAAACUUCCUCUGAGAAGAAGAGUCAGAGAAGAAGCGAUAUAAGGAACAUAGCAAUCGUGGCUCAUGUCGAUCAUGGAAAGACUACUUUGGUUGAUUCCAUGUUGAAGCAAGCUAAGGUGUUUCGUGACAAUCAAUUUAUGCAAGAAAGGAUAAUGGACUCGAAUGAUUUGGAGCGCGAAAGAGGGAUUACGAUACUGAGCAAGAACACGUCUAUUGCUUACAAGGAUACCAAGAUCAAUAUUAUUGAUACUCCAGGCCAUUCUGAUUUUGGUGGUGAAGUGGAGCGCAUCCUGAAUAUGGUCGAAGGCGUCGUUCUAGUGGUAGAUUCUGUCGAGGGGCCAAUGCCGCAGACUAGAUUUGUUUUGAAGAAGGCUCUGGAGUUUGGCCAUGCUGUUGUUGUUGUUGUCAACAAAAUUGAUAGACCUUCAGCUCGUCCAGAGUUUGUGAUCAACUCCACCUUUGAACUCUUCAUUGAGCUCAACGCAUCAGAUGAGCAGUGUGAUUUCCAAUCCAUUUAUGCUAGUGGCAUUCAAGGAAAGGCAGGAUUGUCUCCUGAUGAUUUGGCUGAGGAUCUUGGGCCACUUUUUGAGUCUGUAAUCAGAUGCAUACCCGGACCCCGCAUCGAAAAAGAUGGUGCACUGCAAAUGCUUGCGACGAAUAUUGAAUAUGAUGAACAUAAGGGGCGUAUAGCUAUUGGACGUGUCCAUGCUGGGUCCCUCCGGAGAGGGAUGGAAGUUAGGGUAUGCACAUCUGAAGACACAUGCAGAUUUGCAAGGAUUAGUGAGCUUUUUGUGUAUGAGAAGUUCUUCAGGGUUCCGGUAGAAAGUGUUGAAGCUGGUGACAUUUGUGCUGUCUGCGGAAUUGAAGAUAUUCAGAUUGGGGAGACCAUUGCAGAUAAAGCAGCAGGGAAGCCAUUACCUUCUAUCAAAGUGGAAGAGCCGACUGUGAAGAUGGCUUUCUCCAUAAAUACUUCACCAUUUGUUGGUAGAGAGGGGAAGUAUGUCACAAGCCGAAAUUUAAGAGAUAGACUCUUCCGUGAACUUGAGCGAAAUUUGGCCAUGAAAGUUGAAGAGGGUGAAUCCUCAGAUACUUUUAUAGUCAGUGGCCGUGGUACUUUACACAUCACCAUAUUGAUAGAGAACAUGCGAAGGGAAGGAUAUGAAUUCAUGGUGGGGCCACCCAAGGUGAUUAACAAAAGGGUGGAUGAGAAAUUGUUGGAACCUUUCGAGAUUGCGACCGUUGAGGUUCCCGAAGUGCACAUGGGCGCUGUUGUAGAGCUUUUGGGGAAAAGACGUGGGCAAAUGUUUGACAUGCAAGGAGUUGGGUCGGAGGGUACUACAUUUCUUAAAUACAAAAUUCCCACUCGAGGCCUUCUUGGAGUGAGAAAUGCAAUUUUGACUGCAUCCCGUGGAACAGCAGUUCUCAACACCAUAUUCGAUGGAUACGGCCCUUGGGCUGGUGACAUCAGCACAAGAGAUCAAGGCUCAUUGGUAGCAUUCGAGGAGGGAACAUCCACUUCUUACGCGAUGGCUAGUUCACAGGACAGAGGCCAAUUGUUCAUUGGUCCUGGCGUGGAUGUGUAUAAAGGUCAAAUUGUCGGAAUCCACCAGCGAUCUGGCGACUUAUCGCUCAACGUCUGCAAGAAGAAGGCUGCAACGAAUGUUCGUUCAAACAAAGAGCAAACAGUUGUUCUCGACACACCCAUGGAUUACAGUCUGGACGACUGCAUAGAGUACAUUCAGGAGGACGAACUAGUGGAGGUCACGCCAGCGAACAUCCGCAUGUGCAAGAACCCCAAGUUCAGCAAGAAGGGCAGCAGGUGAGAGUUGUGGGCACUGAUCUUCUUAUACAUCUGAGACAAUAAAGUUGAUUUUGCGAAUCCUCAUAUUUUUCGGCAAAAUUAAUCCCCGGUAUAGUUAGAAAGAUACGUUGGUCCUUUUUCUCUCUUACUGCAUGCAUGUAUUGCCGUUUUCACGGCCUUGGAAUCAAGUCAUUUCAGUGUUCUCGAGUCAUCAGUCUAGGAAUGAUUUUACAGCAUAGAUCAAUCUUCCACUUGGGCAGGAGGAGAUGGUUGUAUUUGUGUAUAGAACCAGAUAUGUUUAGAGAUGCAUUGUUGUACUUGUUUGGACUUGCAUCGUUUGGUACCAUUAUACAUCAGCGCUGGAGGUUACAUUUGGGGCAUCCUGUUACGAAUUACGAUGCGUUGAUUUGGUUUUCGAUUCUUUUUCUCGAUCAUGUAUGUCGUAGUUCGUCGCUCAAUGAAGGUGA